UCACCCUUUCACCAAGUGACCAAUAUUAAACAGACACCUCAGUAUUGGUGACAUUCUGCUAGUUGUUUCCAAACGACGACGUUUACCCCCAAUUCGAAACAAUCGAAACAAGUUAGAAUUCCUUGGCCUGUCGGAUUAAGCCAUAACGCCACCACAGUCGCCGGCGAACGAUUCCUGGAUUUUUUAUCUUCAUCUUAAAGUUUCGAUCUUUACUUUCAAAUAUGGCAAAGGGAACAAGCUCAAAACUGAACAUCGCAAUAAUUCACCCGGAUCUUGGCAUAGGUGGAGCUGAGAGAUUGAUUGUGGAUGCUGCUGUUGAGCUUGCAUCCCAGGGCCAUAAAGUUCAUGUUUUUACUGCACAUCAUGACAAAACUAGAUGCUUUGAAGAAACUGUUGCUGGUACCUUUCCAGUCACUGUUUAUGGUUCGUUUCUUCCUCGUCAUGUGUUCUACCGUCUUCAUGCCUUGUGUGCAUACCUUCGGUGCCUAUUUGUUGCUCUCUGUGUACUUUUCAUGUGGCAUUCAUUUGAUGUUGUACUGGCAGAUCAAGUCUCUGUAGUUAUUCCUAUCUUCAAACUCAAAAGGUCAAUAAAGGUUGUAUUCUACUGUCAUUUUCCGGACUUGUUACUGGCUCAACAUUCAACUUUCAUUAGGAGGAUGUAUAGAAAACCGAUUGACUAUGUAGAAGAAAUAACGACUGGAAUGGCUGAUUUGAUACUUGUUAACAGCAACUUCACUGCCUCUACUUUUGCAAAUACUUUUAAGUCUCUAGAUGCUAAAGGAAUUCGACCAGCUGUUCUAUAUCCAGCUGUCAAUGUGGAUCAGUUCAAAGAACCCAGUUCCUAUAAGCUGAAUUUUCUUUCCAUCAAUCGCUUUGAAAGGAAGAAGAACAUACAGUUAGCUAUUUCAGCUUUUGCUAUGCUUCACUCACCCGAAGGAAAUGUUCAGCACAAAGAUAUUACUAAUGCUUCUUUGACUAUAGCUGGUGGCUUUGACAAACGGUUGAAGGAGAAUGUAGAAUACUUAGAAGAGCUUAAAGAUUUAGCAGAAAAGAAAGGAGUCUCUAGUAAAAUAAGAUUCAUCACUUCUUGCCCUACUGAUGAAAGAAAUGCACUUCUUUCAGAAUGUCUAUGCGUUCUUUACACACCAAAGGAUGAGCACUUUGGCAUUGUCCCUCUGGAGGCAAUGGCAGCUUAUAAACCUGUUAUUGCAUGCAACAGUGGUGGCCCUGUGGAGUCAAUUAAGAAUGGUGUAACGGGAUUCCUUUGUGAUCCUACACCUCAAGAGUUUUCUUCAGCAAUGGCUAAACUCAUAAAUGAUCCUCAGGAGGCAGAGAAAAUGGGCAGAGAAGCUAGGAGGCAUGUUGAUCAGUCAUUCUCUACAAAGUCAUUUGGCCAGCAUCUAAAUAGAUACCUUGUUGACAUUCAUAGAGGAAAAGAGGAUUGAGUUUAACAUUGGACAGAUUUUAGUUGGAUUAGUUCACUUUCUGCAGAAAUUGAAUCACAGAGAUGAUGACAUGUUCAAUAUUCUGCGGUUUGUUUGCACUGUUAUAUUUUUGACAGUAUAAAGAUACUUCAAAGUUUAUAGAGAAUUUUCUUGUGCAAAUAUAAAAGAUUCUUUCACUCA